AUGGCGGUCAGAGCAGCACUUACCCCGGGUUUGGGUGAGGACUUCAGCAGGCUCCGCAGGCUUCUCCUGCGUCUUGGCCUGGGGAAACUAAAGGAGGUGGCGUUCCAGGUGGAGGGACUCACGAGCAGGCCUGCAGUGGGUGCCCUGGAGGCGGACGGUCAGAGCCCGCCUCCAGCCUCCCCCGUGGGAGGGCCUGGGGGGCCGGGGGGAGACGCACCGGCCGCCUGGGGACAGCGCCUCACCGCGGCCGCCCACGGCGCUCCGGGGACGGCGCCUCACCGCGGCCGCCCACGGCGCUCCGGGGACGGCGCCUCACCGCGGCCGCCCACGGCGCUCCGCUCCGGGGACGGCGCCUCACCGCGGCCGCCCACGGCGCUCCGGGGACGGCGCCUCACCGCGGCCGCCCACGGCGCUCCGGGGACGGCGCCUCACCGCGGCCGCCCACGGCGCUCCGGGGACGGCGCCUCACCGCGGCCGCCCACGGCGCUCCGCUCCGGGGACGGCGCCUCACCGCGGCCGCCCACGGCGCUCCGCUCCGGGGACGGCGCCUCACCGCGGCCGCCCACGGCGCUCCGCUCCGGGGACGGCGCCUCACCGCGGCCGCCCACGGCGCUCCGGGGACGGCGCCUCACCGCGGCCGCCCACGGCGCUCCGGGGACGGCGCCUCACCGCGGCCGCCCACGGCGCUCCGGGGACGGCGCCUCACCGCGGCCGCUCACGGCGCUCCGGGGACGGCGCCUCACCGCGGCCGCCCACGGCGCUCCGCUCCGGGGACGGCGCCUCACCGCGGCCGCCCACGGCGCUCCGGGGACGGCGCCUCACCGCGGCCGCCCACGGCGCUCCGGGGACGGCGCCUCACCGCGGCCGCUCACGGCGCUCCGGGGACGGCGCCUCACCGCGGCCGCCCACGGCGCUCCGCUCCGGGGACGGCGCCUCACCGCGGCCGCCCACGGCGCUCCGCUCCGGGGACGGCGCCUCACCGCGGCCGCCCACGGCGCUCCGGGGACGGCGCCUCACCGCGGCCGCCCACGGCGCUCCGGGGACGGCGCCUCACCGCGGCCGCCCACGGCGCUCCGCUCCGGGGACGGCGCCUCACCGCGGCCGCCCACGGCGCUCCGCUCCGGGGACGGCGCCUCACCGCGGCCGCCCACGGCGCUCCGGGGACGGCGCCUCACCGCGGCCGCCCACGGCGCUCCGGGGACGGCGCCUCACCGCGGCCGCCCACGGCGCUCCGGGGACGGCGCCUCACCGCGGCCGCCCACGGCGCUCCGCUCCGGGGACGGCGCCUCACCGCGGCCGCCCACGGCGCUCCGCUCCGGGGACGGCGCCUCACCGCGGCCGCCCACGGCGCUCCGCUCCGGGGACGGCGCCUCACCGCGGCCGCCCACGGCGCUCCGCUCCGGGGACGGCGCCUCACCGCGGCCGCCCACGGCGCUCCGGGGACGGCGCCUCACCGCGGCCGCCCACGGCGCUCCGGGGACGGCGCCUCACCGCGGCCGCUCACGGCGCUCCGGGGACGGCGCCUCACCGCGGCCGCCCACGGCGCUCCGCUCCGGGGACGGCGCCUCACCGCGGCCGCCCACGGCGCUCCGCUCCGGGGACGGCGCCUCACCGCGGCCGCCCACGGCGCUCCGGGGACGGCGCCUCACCGCGGCCGCCCACGGCGCUCCGGGGACGGCGCCUCACCGCGGCCGCUCACGGCGCUCCGGGGACGGCGCCUCACCGCGGCCGCCCACGGCGCUCCGCUCCGGGGACGGCGCCUCACCGCGGCCGCUCACGGCGCUCCGGGGACGGCGCCUCACCGCGGCCGCCCACGGCGCUCCGCUCCGGGGACGGCGCCUCACCGCGGCCGCCCACGGCGCUCCGCUCCGGGGACGGCGCCUCACCGCGGCCGCCCACGGCGCUCCGGGGACGGCGCCUCACCGCGGCCGCCCACGGCGCUCCGGGGACGGCGCCUCACCGCGGCCGCUCACGGCGCUCCGGGGACGGCGCCUCACCGCGGCCGCCCACGGCGCUCCGCUCCGGGGACAGCGCCUCACCGCGGCCGCUCACGGCGCUCCGGGGACGGCGCCUCACCGCGGCCGCCCACGGCGCUCCGCUCCGGGGACGGCGCCUCACCGCGGCCGCCCACGGCGCUCCGGGGACGGCGCCUCACCGCGGCCGCUCACGGCGCUCUCCCCGGGAGCGUUGCGCACAGACGCUGCUUGGUUUCCAGGUCCUCCGAGGUGCAAGUCUCUCCCUGCUCCAUUCAGGACGAACCGAAGGCUGAGACGCUAA